GUCUUGACAUGUGUUUUAUGGGUUUGCAUGCAUUUACAUUACUUAUUAAGACAAUUACUUAGGGACAGUACUACAGGGUAUUAGAAUGACAUUACAUUUUUCUGUGUUAGGGAGGCAUAAACCACCAACAACACUCUAAAAACCAGACCGGCCUGAUGAAUAUAGUGCCACUGCACCUCCAUGGCCAGGUUGGUGUAUGGACAUGUACUGUACACAUGCCGACUCUACUGUAAGGAUAUGCAUGUUUCUGAACAGUGUUGUUGUUUUUCACCAAUUCCCUUCACUCCAGUGAGGGUUCCUUUGCCAGUACCUCCAGAGUUCCUUGAAUUAUCUACAAGCAAGAACACAUCGCCUUUGAGACCAGUGCAGGAAACUGUGUUCUGUCAGUUGACCUCUGCACAGUCUGCAGCCUCUACUCCUCCCUCAGGACCCCCUGCAGCUGCGGGCCAGUCUUUCUCGGGACUCCCUGCAGCCUCUACUGGGUACCCCUCAACUCAGCUGGAGGAGAAGCAUGCUGUUCCACCACUGCCAAGCUAUGAGCAGGAUGUGAGCCAAUGGCACUGCCCUCAACAGCAGAGAAUCUGGAUGAAAACAGAAAUGGAAGCCUUGGGACUGUGGCCAGGCUCUGGACCGGUGAGACAUCCAAUGAACAUGAUCUCUUUGUGGCGUUACCCAUCUCAGCCUGAGCUUAUUGAUGCUGUCUAUGAGCUGCCAUCACCGAAAUACUUUCAACUUCAUCCGUUCUUCAUAUGGAAGCCAGAGCACACCAUUAUGGAAAGAGUCCGCAACAACUACACUCUGCCAUGUCUGUACAGCUGUCCGAAUCCUCAAGUUGUCUCAUCAGGAGUUGGACGACCCCAUGUCAUUAUUGGUACAAGCAGCCAGUACUACAUACUGGCCUCCCGGCUCAGCUGUAAAGUCUGUAAAAAGUACCCACCCAGAUAUAAGCCCCAGGAGUCCCCGCUAACUAAGUGUGAGAUUGAACAAAUGGUGAAAGAGAUUGUGGAGAAGCAGCAGCAACAGCAGCCUGUCACAAAGAGGACAUGGAACGGUCUUGCUUGUGGCCAGCCAAAGUCACGUUACCUUGGUGAUGGUGCCUCCAUUCAUUUUUUUUUUUUUUUUUUUAAAUCCGUCUGGGAACGUGAGGUACUUUUACUGCUCUACAAAGGUAUACCAGAUGUAUCCAGCAGAAGGCCUCACCAAUCCUCGAAUGCCGUUUGCUGACUUUACUGAAACAUUUUUUUUAAUCGAGAGCUACAGGCCCCAAAGCAGUGUUCUGCAGAGGCAAGACAGGUAAUGGAGGAGCGGAAAAAGAGAAAGGCCAUAGAGCAGCAUCCCACUGGUCGCCUCUGUAGGUUCUGUCACAAGUGACAAUGUCUAUUGUCCUGCCAGAGUGUUUUCCCUGUAUCAGACAGAGGGGAUGACGCACGAGAUGACUUGGGGAGAGUUCUGUCAGUCUUCCUUUUAUGAGGCUGAAAGGAAGAGAUGGGCAGCAGAAAAAGGAAAGUGACUGCACUCAUGUUUCCUGGUUUUGAAUGUAUACAUUGUAAUUAUUGUAUCAUAAAAAUAUAACUCUGUAUCUUGUUUUUUUUUUAUGGAUGUCUGUUACAUGCUGAAUCCACUGUGGUUUGUUCUUGCCUUAUUUGUCUUUGUUUUUUUUUGUUGUUGUUGUUGUUGUUGUUCUUUUACUUAAGAAUGCCAUAUUGGUCCAUGCAGAAUUGUAAAAUGUUUAAAAAAAAAAAAAAAAAAAAAAAAAAAGUCUGCUUAACUUUUACUGUGUUGUAUAUGCAUCAUUUUUUAUUUAUUAAUAUAAAUGUUUUUACUAUUCUUUCAAAACAUUUUCAAAACUCUGAUUAUUUAGAUGAUGGAAAUCGGAUGGCGUAUCCUGCUAACAUGGCGGCGCCUUCCCGAAAUGCAACGCAGAGUGAAAACAUCGUGACGUAACUCCU